AUGGAGAAUCAGGAUUUCAUCAGCAACCUUUCAGACGACAUGAAAAUCAUGAUCCUCUCUAAGCUUUGUAUUGACGAAGCUGUAAGGUGCAGUAUCCUUUCACAGAAAUGGAAUGGACUUUGGAAACAAAUUUCACACAUGGAGUUGAAUCUGAAGCGCAUGGUGAAGCCCUUUACACAACUUUUGGAGUCACGGAAAGCUCGUACAAUCCCUGAUUUCGGUGCAAUUGCUCCACCAAUGCUCAAGAGUGUUUCUGCUUGUAACACUCUUGUUUACCGGAUGAUAUUUAACACACACUCAGAUUGCAUGUCUAGCUGUCGCAUCAAACAUUUUCAGAAGAGUCUUGCAUUUGGGGAUGUAGAGAAUUGGGUUAAUAUUCUGGUUGCAAGAAAUACAGCGUUGAAAGAUCUGAGCCUUGAGUGUGUGCCCCAUUGUGAAGAACUAACGGACAAAUUUGUGUCUGAAGAGUAUAUCUAUGUACCUAGUUUUACGCAUGGGGUUUUUGAAUUUUUGAGUUCGCUUGAGUUGACUAAUUACACCCUUGACUCUUCUCUCCCCUUUGGGAAAUGUAACCAACUCAAAAAACUUAGAAUGAGGAGGAUAUACUUGGAUGAUGUAACUCUCGGAGGAAUUCUAGAAAACUGUGUGGUGCUGGAAAAUUUCAGUUUGCUUGAGUCCACUGGUUUUAAGAGAUUGCUCAUUGUGAAAUCAACACUGAGAGUUUUGCAGCUCCAAGCCCUAUGUGUGGAUGACAUUCAACUUUGCUGCGACAACCUUGAGGUUCUGUUCAUUGAUUCUGUAAUCUGUCCAGUACACAAUGUGGACAUUUCUUCCCCAAACCUCAGGACUUGUCAUUCUUACAGCAACUCAAUGUAUGCCAGAAUGCUUUCUGCUGAAACCGGGAAGUCUAUUUUGAAAACGCAUGAGUUUCUUUCACGUUGUAGUGGUCUUGUGGGGUUUCGGAUGACCAAUAUAUUUGAGAAUGUAUCAACCUUGUGCAUCGACUUGGAUCUAACCCACAUGAUAGAAGCUUGUGUUCUUUCUUAUUUCUUGAAAUUAUGUUCAAAUUUACAAGUUAUUCGAAUUGCUUUACCGGUUUUUAGGCCCAGAAUCCAAGGUAGCAGUAGCUCCAAACAUGGUCAUUAUUCACAUUUCAUAUUAAGCCUUUGGGAGUGGAGAGAAGUAUGCAAGUGUAUCGGUCAGAAGCUGAAGUCUGUGCACAUCAGGGGAUUCAGAGGGAGAAAAGAAGAAGUAGAAGUUGUGAAAUACCUGAUAACAAGAGCAACCAUGAUGAAGAGGAUUACCAUAAUCUGCACUGACUCAAAGGAAGCCGCUGAAAAUCUGCUGUCACUGCCUAUGGCUUCUGCUAAUCUUUCCAUAAAUUUGAAGUUGAAUGCAAAUAAUCCAAUGGAUGAAUUUGCUGAGCAUCAAAAAGAGUUCCAUUUAUAA